AUGCUGAUAAACUGUGGAGCAAGUGUGAGAGGACCAUCUUUUGUAAAUGUUCCAAGCCCUCUGGUCAUGGCAGAGAAGAUGGAGCUGGAGGAAAUUUGUGAAUUGAUGCAACCAAGUUCAUCUGAAGAGGAAGAUGACAUAAUUGCUUCUUAUGAUAUUGGUUUUGGUAAGUCUAUGCACACUGUAUUUGAGACAAAUGAAACUAAAAAAAUUGACAGAUCUUCUUGCGGCUAUAUGACUGGCGUUGUUGGUGACAUUGGAACAUGUAAGAAUAAUAGAUCUGUUAUGAGCAGGUCUUCGGGGUACAGUUGGGUUGGUGUCAUCCCUGGUGAUUUGCACACUAAAGGACAUCUAGUUUGA